ACCCCAUUUCUCGCAGUCAUUCUCGACAGCACCUUUGCUGCGUAAAGUAUAAUUCGACUUUUUUAGUAAAUAUUUUAAAAAAAGAUCUGAGAUGUCCCAACAAAACUCGAAGAAGAUCAACAACGACGAGCAGUGCGUGCGUUGUUCCCAAUGCAUGAAGGUGGUCCGAUGUUCCCGAUAUGAUACCGGUGGUCUGGUCCGCCACAUCGAGAUGGAACACCCGGAGUUGUUCGCGGAUGCCAGUGGCAAUAUCAGGAACAUCCAUAGAAUGCUGUCUUCGGGACGUGGAUCCAGCGGAAGCGGCGGGAGUAUGUCGCAGAUCAGCAAGAUUUUGAAUCCUUCGGAUUCCCACACUGCUGAUGGAUUGGAGUACGCUAAAGUCAAGAAGAGGAUCUCUGGAGACCCCACGACUAGAAAAUCCCCGACUCCAACAAUCAAUUUAGCCGCCAAAAAGGCUCAGCCAGGUCCAUGUUCCCAGGCCCAUGCUUCUAGAAAACCAAAGGAUAAUAACCCAUUUGGAACACCCAAGGAUCUGUCGAAAAACAAGAACAAUUCAUAUCCGAAGACCAAGGAUCAUACGGGUCCAGCAACCAAGACUCUGCCAUAUCCAAAACCCUGGAAUGCCCUAUGUCCCUGUGCCGAGGAGGAUAUGAAGGUCCUCCGUCAGAUGUACUUCAAGGACUCCGUGAACAAGUGGUGUGCUUACGAGGGAAGUCUCUUCUGCCCGGCCUGCUGUUACAAAAGACGUCCGGUGGUCAAGAGUGCCUCCGAUCUGAAUUCCGGAUGCUGCUCCUGGCUAAAGUGCCUAUUUCCAUGCCUAUCCCCCCCGAUGAGCGGGAGUAUGUCUUCUGUGCCCAAUGCAAGACCUUUUUGGGCAUCUACACUCGCAGAACUAAUAGCCUCAAACCGAACCAGGAAUAUGCCUAGAAACUUGUGUCACAGAACUUAUGUGCUUUCCGUUUUAUUCCUUCCAAAUUUUUCGUUUAAAAAAACCAUUUUCGUGCUACAUCGCACUACAAAUUAAUUGGAAAAAGUAACUCUUGGUUAUGAUUGUCACACAAUUUGAUUGCUCUCUAACUGCAAGUCGCAAACUCAGUUACGUGUUUAAAAAUAUAUGUUUGCAAAUUAAAAAAGUAAAUGUAUACCAUAA